CGCAGAUUAUAACUUCUCUGAGCCAAGGAAGGACCCGUGAGAUUCCUUUGUGAGCCGGCAAAAUGAAUGGAAUAAUCUUCCUCAUGGGCGUGGCUCUUGUUGGAGCAGUGGACGACGAGACCCUUAGGGGAUAUUUUCAACUCGAUGACACGACAUGGAUCAAUCCGAAGACUGAUGAGAUAUAUCAGCCCGAGACCGCAGGUGACAUGCUGUUCGAAGACAACCAGGGAAAUAGAAAAAGAAAUACCCCGUUUUCCGUCCGAACCUGGACUGACGGUAUCGUCCCGUACACAUUUGAUGAGAAAUGGGCUAAUGACGCAUAUUUCACACAAAGUGUGAGGAAAGGCAUGGAUGGUAUCGAAGCUAAAAGCUGCAUCAAGUUUGUCCCGUGGACGAACCAGCCCCAUAGGAUAAACAUCGUCAGAAUCAAAGGAUGCAACUCCUAUGUGGGCAUGCUGAGUGGGGCCACGCAGGACAUCAACCUGUCAGUUGGGUGUCUCAGUAUCGGGAAAGUCAUGCACGAGUUAAUGCAUGCCCUGGGCUUCAAACACGAACAUGAAAGAGCCGAUCGAGAAGGGUUCAUCAGCGUCAACCUGGACAAUGUUGAAGACGCUAACAAACAAUGGCUGACAGUCAACCACGGCAUGACGCUCUCUGAAUUCGGUUAUGACGUGGACUCCGUCAUGCAUUACGGCGAAUACGCCUUCGCAAAGAGUUACAACUAUCCGGUCAUCACUCAGCUGAAGGAUUUCGACAAGGGAAAGAUUGGGCAGAGGACGCAUCUGAGCAUUAUAGACAUCAAGGAAUUAAACCAGCUUUACAACUGUGACACGAACAACAUUCAACCAACCACGACCCCAACAACAACAACAACGAAAAGCACUUCGACAGGGAAAGUCAUAACGUCCUGCAACUUCGACACCAACUGGUGUGGAAUUGCGGUGAGUGGUUCCACUCAACGAUGGGGUCUCCGAAAGAAUGUUGGCGGGAACGGAGGUUCAUGCGCCGGUUGGCUAGUGUCCAGUAACGAGGUCCAAUCAUACCAACGUUCCACCAAGAUGAUAAUCAGCAAUAUUCAACCGUAUGUCGAGAACUGCCUCUCCUUCAGAUACCUCAUCCAGACAUCAGGCGUCAUCGACGUCAAACUUGGCGGUGUAGUCCUGCGAACUCUCAGUAACGCUGACGUGAGGUGGUUCACUGCCACGACCAAUUUGGCAUCGUCAAAUAGUUAUCGCGAGUUGGAGCUUGGAAUCGCCAUCGGGGUCUAUUCCUACGGUCAAAUAAACAUCGAUGACGUCGUGCUGAGCACCGGCAGGUGCUAGGUGACAAUCAGAACCUGGACUAUUCCGAUUUCUAACGAGAGAAAGUGAUCACGAGUACCCCUGAAAUAAACUUUAGCAACCAAAAUA